ACAACAGAAAUGCGGAAGUAGCAUUUAUCAGCUGACACAACUUUGGUUCAACUGCGGUCUGUUUGUUUCUCGGUUUGAGUCUGCAAAAAUCAGCUUGCAUAAUGGAGGACCAGGAGAUGCAACUGAAAGUCAGACGAGUGACUGACAAAUUCACGGAGAGCAUGUACGUCCUGGCUAACGAGCCGUCAGUGGCUCUCUACAGAUUGCAGGAGCACGUCAGGAGGUCGCUGCCUGAGCUGGUGCAGCACAAGACAGACAUGCAGAGCUGGGAAGAGCAAAGUCAAGGAGCCAUCUACAGUGUAGAGUAUGCCUGCAGUGCUGUGAAGAGCAUGACGAACAGCAGCUUAUAUUUCAAAAACAUUGAUGGCCUCCUCCGUCAAGCCAUCAGCAUGAAGGAACAGAUAAGCAACUCUCAGGGUCGCAGUUUACAUGAUGACACCCCCCCCUCCUCUCUUGUCUCUGCUCCUCAUGCCCCAUCCGCUUCCUCAUGACAUCUGGACAGGGGUGUCUAAGGAAAAGGACGAUGGACUCGGGCAUGCUAAAGGAAGGAGGAGAGAGGCACAACUCUGGGAUGUGAGGUGACUUCCUGGGUUUUCUUGGUGUUGCUGCUACACUCCCUUGCUCUGCUAUGUCUUGAUUGAGCCUGAAGUGCGGGUCAUAACCUCCUCAUCACAAUGGAGUGACUGCCUCCACUGACCCCCUCAGUACAAGCCGCUCAGUGGAACAGAGCACCACAGCACUGCCAGGUUCAGCAUUAAAAACACUUAAGUCAUGGACGCUGGUCAAAGAAUGCAUUGUUCUCUGGGACUCGCUGGGCGCAACAGAAAGAGAGCUGCAGUGCUGUUUUUUGCCUCAGCUGUGGAUAACCCACCACGCCGCCAUAUCACAUAAAUACCACCAUCAGUUUGCGGUGAAUCAUGGUUUGCUGUGUUUAGUUCUUACCUGCCAAGUAGAGAGAAACCCCCAGACAGAAGAGUCCGAUGGCCACAUGUCGCACACCUCUGCUGUCCAAAAGGAACCAGUCAGCUCUGUUGAAACAAAUGUCACACGUUCAAUGUCACGCCUCCGAUUUGUUUACGCUUUAACAAUGCUAUUUAAGUUUGUUUUGUCAUUGUAGCAUAAAUAAAAAGGCAUUUAUGCAUCAUAUUUUCUGUGCUGACAGUUUUCUUUAUGUUUUAGUUCAUUGAGCCUCUUAUCAUAUAGUCAACAUUUUCUCUGCCAUUUUUUAAUUUUUCAAAAUAUUAGAUUAUUGAUUAUGUGGCGUGCACUUAAACUGUGGCUGUUUUGUGAAGCUGAUUAAUAUUCAGAUAUGCUGUUGCUGUUGGAUUUGUAAACCGACGUGGGAAAGGGCCAGCUAGAGGCCGUGUGUGGGGUGCAUAAUGAGAGGAAGGCCAUUGUUUAAACAGGUUUUCAUAGGGUUUGAGAGGUGGGGGUCGACCAACAACAUUGCACUGUGGGCCUCUGCACUCUGACACAUAGGGACGCCUCUUUUAUUCUUCUGAAACUUUGUUUUCUGACUGUGGUUAUAUUUAUCAACCAGGAAAGACUGCGGUUUCUUAAUGAUUAAAGAAGAUUAUGUGGGCAAGAAGAUAAACUUACACUGAAUAGAUAUUAAAUGUUAUUUUACACUUAUCAUAAAAGUGUCAACCACUGAGUAAGCAGAAAAUAAACCCUCUGUAGGAUGUAAAUGCAAUAGCUUCGUAAUAAAGAUGACGUUAC